ACAAUUUUCUUAUCAAUGCCCCCAUUUCCCAGUUGAGUGAUUUUUUUUUUGUUGUGCCUUUUUUUUUGAACCGUUCGGGUAUUCCUGUCACUCACCAUGAAUGCUGGGUCGACUGAAAUUAUGGUCUGUACCAAGUGUCGGGAAGGCUGCAAGAAUACGUAUCGUCUUGUCGUCCGGUCUCGAGUGGACGCACCUGGCCUUUUAUUCCACGCUCAUCGCGACGAUUCUCUGCAAGCGAUCCUCUUGCGAUUAUGCGAUCAAUUUCCGCGAGAAUGGUCACGCAACGUUGUAUAUUAUUUUUACGUGGAUAUGGGAGGCACCUACUACGAGACUGAGGAUGCAUUCUGGCUCAGAGACAAGGAUCAGCUGCUCGUGAGUCCGACAGAGGAUGUCUCUUUGCUGCCGGACGUGAGUUUGAAUGCAGUUCAUGCCAGUCUUCGGCCGGAUAUUGAGUUACGAACGCAUCAAGAAGAAGGUGUGCAACGAAUGAUACGUAUGGAAAGAAUGUAUCGCGGUGGCAUUUUAGCGGACGAUAUGGGUUUGGGCAAAACAUUGCAAAUGUUAUGUGUAAUGAUGCGACAGCAGCCCAAACUGAAUAUACGAGCACCGACCUUGGUCGUGGUGCCAUCUCGGGGUGUGGCAGAACAAUGGGCAGAGGAAAUUCGCACCAAAACCACCUACGGAUCGUUACCUUAUUUUAUUUAUGGCGAAGAAACAUGCUGUCUGUUGGAACAAUCCUUCUUUCGUGUAGUGAUCACCACAUACGAUCGAUUGAGAGCGGAAUAUAAAAAUCGCCAUUACACAAACGCCGUCUCUCCCUUGAUCGACACCGAUUGGCAUCGCGUUGUGCUGGAUGAAUCCAACAAAAUAAAAACGUUGCGAUCGCUCGUCACUGAAUCGGUCCUGGAACUCAAGUCUAAAUAUCGAUGGUGUUUGACCGGUACUCCUCUUCAGAACGAGCUUUCGGAACUGUACCCGAUCUUCCAAUUUCUUGACAUAACUAUUCCAAAGUCGAUGAGACAAGACGUGUCCUAUAUGACGGAAUUGUUGCAAAAACAUAUGAUUCGUCGUACCAAACAAAGAUUACAGUCUACCUUGUCCAUUCUUCCACGUCAAGAGCAGCGUGUCGUAUUGGAAUUUUCACCAGCGGAAAGAGCUUUGUACGAUUACCUCGAACGGCUGCUGUAUCAUCAGAUCUCCAGGUGGCGAAACUCCAAUCAAGAGGAAACAGCACGAACUGCUUCUACUUUGUUGUAUUUACGUCUUAAACAAGCUUGUAGUCAUCACCAACUGUUAUUACGCAAAUUCCCGGAUCUUAUUCCUACCGUACAACAAGGCGAGGAUAUGGUGUGUGAAACCUUGGGCAUCACCGCAGGCGAGGAGAAUGAACGAGCGUUUGAAAAUGAUGGUGACUUGGCGGAAGUCUUUGAUAUCAUUGAAAGCUUCUAUGAUCAAUUUGCAUCGGUGGAAAAUAUGCCGGAUUUCGAGGCAUUGCAGCAACUACCGUUUAUUCAACAUUCCACCAAAGUCGCUUGGCUCAUUGGUUUUCUCAAAAAGACGCUCAGCGCCAGUAAUACCGACAAAAUUGUCGUUGUCACCCAGUUUGCCGAUUUCUUGCAAUUGAUAUCUUCUGUUCUUUCAUCGAUCGACAUUAAACAUAAUUGCUACCACGGUGAUAUGUCGAAUACGUCCAGAACGAUCAGUUUGCGUCAAUUUAAUCACAAUGCCGAAGUUCGCGUGAUGCUGUUAUCAUUGAAAGCGGGCGGUGUAGGCCUGAAUCUUCAAAGAGCAAACUAUAUGGUCCUACUUGACCGAUGGUGGAAUCCAGGUAUUUGGCGAAGCUUCAUCAUAACCAAUUAAUCCUCUAGCUUACAAAACUAUCUUCUUACACUUUUUCGUAGCCACCAUGGAUCAAGCU